AUGGAAUAGAAAGAAGAUUUGUAUGAUUUCUUAGUUUCUUGUAAAGUUUUUGACUAAUAAAUAUAAAAGGUGAUAAUUGAAAUGUUGAAAAAAGACUGUUUAAAAUAUCUUUUAGAUGAUGAAAAUCUCUCACGUUGUUCAUAGUUCAUUUUAAACGCAAUGAUUAAAUAAAAUGCCGAUUAAGAAGAUGUUGUGAAAAAUAAAAUGAAGAUAAUGAUGGAUUUUUUGAACUAAGUUAAAGACCAUGACUUUAAUAAUAAAAAUUAUUGUGAAGACUUCUAUGAAGAAUUUAGAAAAGAUUUAAUAAAAAAACUAUCAAAAGAUGAUUAAAUAGUCUAAUUGUUAAAAUUUUUCGUACUACUCACAACUGUCGAUGAAUCAUUUAUUUAAUGCGGAUCAAAUGCACUUAAUUUAUUAGUAAGUAUGAAAGUUGAUUUGACAAGCUGUUGCUUCGAAGACAUUUGGAUCAAGAAUAGUAGCUUGAUAGGUGCAAAUUUUGUAAGAUGCAAUUUAAGUAGAUCAAAAUUUGAAAAUGUUGAUAUUAGUGGAGUUAAUCUAAAUGGAGCUCUAAUGUUCAAUUGUAUGUGGAAGAACAUAAAAUUACAUGAGCUGAAUUAAUUGGAUGGUCAUACUCAUUAUGUCCAAUCAGUAUGCUUCUCACCAGAUGGAACUACUUUAGCAUCAGGAAGCGAUGAUAAGUCAAUCCGUUUAUGGGAUGUUAAAUCAGGAUAAUAAAAAGCCAAAUUAGAUGGACAUAGUAAUAAUGUCAAUUCAGUAUGUUUCUCACCAGAUGGAACUACUCUAGCAUCAGGUAGUAGUGAUAAGUCAAUCCUUUUAUGGGAUGUUAACACAGGA